GUGCAGUGAUCAUUUAACGAAAUAUUAAUUUUAAAAACUGCAUCUUUUUGCACUAAAUUAGACUUUGUUUUUGGGAAAAGUGAAUAGUUCAGCCAAAUAUUUACAUUUUUUAGUGAAAAUGAAGAGUUUAUGCAUUGUGCUUUUUUGUGUUGUUCUUCUGAUUGAAAAUGGAAAGGGCAAUAAUAUGCAUGAGAGUACAACUAAAGGUUCAUUUAAAGGUGUUCCGACAACGACAGAUCUUUCAAGUACAACGGAACCGUACACUACGCCAGGCACAGAUGAAGAUGUUUCAGUGAGUACGACCGAUUUUUCAACUGAACCAACUCUAAGUUCAACAUUGCCAGACAUCACGUCAAGCACUGAAGAAGAUGUUUCACUGAGUACGACCAAUUUUUCAACUGAAUCAACUCCCAGUUCAACGGUUCCCGACAUCACGCCAACCACAGAGGAAGAAAUUUUAGUGUCUACGAUCAAUUUUUCAACUGAACCACCUCUAAACUCAACGGAUUCAGACAUCACGCCAAGCACAGAAGAAGACCUUUCAUUGAGUACGUCCAAUUUUUCAACGGUACCAACUCUAAAUUCAACAGAACCAAACACCACUGUUGAAGAAGGCAAUUUUACCCAUGUUACUUCAGUUAGUACAAGCGAAGAACCAUUCACUGAUAUUUCUACAUUUGAGGACGACGAUUCAAGCACCGACUCAAAAGUAUUUGAUGAUCCAGAUGAUAUUGAUUCCGAAAGCGGUGAUGAAGACACACUUGUGGCUGCCACUUCGGUUGACACGGAUAAAUUGAAGGCUUCCUUAGAAAAUGGUGCAAAUGUUAAUGCCGUCGACAAUUACAAACGUACGCCUCUCCAUAAUGCCGUUUUAAAUGGUGAUGGAGAAACAUUGAAAAUUCUCAUUGAAAAUGGUGCGAAUAUUAAUGCUCAAGACCGUAAGAAAGAGACACCACUUAUGAAGGCAAUUGAAAAUGGUGAUAUUAACGCAGUUGAAGUUCUCAUUAAAAAUGGUGCAAAUGUUAAUUCCGAAGAUCGUCAAAAAGAGACACCUCUUCAUAAAGCUGCUUUUAAUGGCCUCACCGAAAUAAUUAAAAUCCUUAUAGAAAACGGUGCAAACGUAAAUGCCGUCGAUCGCUUUAAAGAAACACCGCUUCACAUGGCAGCAGAAAAUGGUGACGAAGAAGUAUUUAAAGUUCUCAUUGAAAAAGGUGCAAACGUGAAUGCCGAAAGCAAUGAUAAACAAACGCCGCUUCAUCUAGCCGCCAACAGUGGCAACUUUGGAGCUGUUAAAAUUCUUAUCGACAAUGGUGCUAAUGUUAAUGCCAUAGACAGUUCCAAACAAACACCACUUUCACUGGCUGCUAUAAAUGGCAACGCUACAACAAUUAGAAUUUUUAUCGAUAAAGGUGUAAAUGUCAAUGCCCUGGAUAAUUAUAAGCAGACGCCACUCCAUAAUGCCGCUUUAAAUGGCAACGAAGAUGCAUUGAAAGUUCUCAUCGAAAAUGGUGCUAAUGUUAAUGCCGAAGAUAGUUUCAAACAAACGCCACUUCAUAUGGCCGCUCUAUCAAACGAAGUCGGACCAAUCGAAGUUCUCAUUGAAAAUGGUGCAAAUGUUAAUGCUGAAACCGUUGGCAAAUGGACACCGCUCCAUUUGGCAGCUGAUAAAGGUCACAAGAACGUAUCUAAGGCUCUUAUAGAAAAGGGUGCAAAUGUCAAUGCCCAGAGUGACGAUCAACGUACACCGCUUCAUCUAGCUGCCAACAGUGGUGAUGGAGAUACAGUAAAAAUUCUUAUCGAAAAUGGUGCUAAUGUUAAUGCCGAAGACAAUUAUAAAUGGACACCACUCGGCGAGGCCGCUCUAAAUGGUAGCGAGGAUGCAUUAAAAAUUCUUAUCAAGAAUGGAGCCAACGUUAGUUCUGAAGAUUAUUUCAAACAAACGCCACUUCAUAUGGCCGCUCUAUCAGACGAAGUCGGACCAAUCGAAGUUCUCAUUGAAAAUGGUGCAAAUGUUAAUGCUGAAACCGUUGGCAAAUGGUCGCCGCUCCAUCUGGCUAUUUAUAGAGAUCAAGAAAAAUCUUCGAAAGCUCUUAUCGAUAAAGGUGCUGACGUAAACGCGAUGAGCAACGAUAAAAGAACUCCGCUCAUUUUAGCAGCUGAGAGAGGUAAUAUUAAAACGGCUAAAGCACUCAUCGAUGACGGGGCCGAUAUAAAUGCCAAAGAUAUCAAGGGACAAACUGCUUCUCAAGUAGCAUUUCAAAAAGGUUAUACAGAACUCGCAGAAAUACUUCGAAAGGGGAAGCAAUCCGAUUCCGAUACAAUACAGACUACAAGCGAAAGCCCAUUCACUGAUGUUCCUGUUAGUAGUACAAAUGAUAACUAAGUUAGAUUCAGAUAGAAGAUAUUUUGUUAAAUCAUAUAUAUUUUUUGAAAUUUCAUUGGAUUUUGUCCUGAAUUUAUUAAAUAUUUAAUUUUAAUACAAUAAUAAUUUUAUAAACAUUGACAUAAGACUUCCAUUAAAAAUGCACAUGCACUUCAUUGUUACAAC